UAUAUGGAAUGUAAAUGAUACACCACACAAACAUCAUAUAAUUUAUGGAUACUACAGAAAACUAGAGGGGGGCUUUAGUGAACAAUCCGCAAACAAAGGUAAAAGGAAACAGAGAGCAGCAAAAAGGCAUUGGUUAAAUCCCCGAAAGAAAGCAAUCCCACGCCACGCACAUAACACAACAGCUUGCUUUGCAGCCUCCGAAGAAGCAACCCAAAUUCUCCUAACUUUCUUGCCUGGAAAAUGACUUCGACGAUCCGAUUGGUUCUAUUUUAGCUUAGUCUUCUCAAACCCAUUGGCAAAUCUUCAACAGUCCUGUCCUGUGAAGCUUCUCUACUCAAGCUAUAAAUCGUUGCUGUUGAAAAUUUCGUUUGUUUGACAUGGGUGAUAGCAGUAACCAUAGUAAUUCGCCACCCAGUUCUCCUAAAGAAAACCGAGAUCAAGAUUUUGGGAAAAAACUAAUUGUCAAUGAUGAUAGCUCCCUGGAAAGCUUAGUACGUAGGUUUCAAGACUCCGUUUCUAUAGGCCAGAAGCACAAAUUUUGGGAUACUCAACCCGUAGGCCAGUUCAAAGACGUUGGUGACACAAGCUUGGCUGAGGGCCCUAUCGAGCCGCCAUCCCCUUUGUCUGAAGUGAAACAAGAACCUUACAAUCUCCCUACUCCAUAUGAAUGGACUACUUGUGACAUUGACUCGGAGGAAACUUGCACUGAGGUUUACAAUCUCUUGAAGAAUAACUAUGUUGAGGAUGAUGAGAACAUGUUUAGAUUUAAUUAUUCUAAGGAGUUCUUAAGAUGGGCUUUGCGUCCUCCUGGUUAUUAUCGAAGCUGGCAUAUUGGUGUUCGUGUUAAAACCUCGAAGAAGCUUGUUGCUUUUAUAACUGGUGUACCUGCAAGGAUUAGGGUGCGUGAUGAAGUUGUGAAAAUGGCUGAGAUCAAUUUCUUAUGUGUUCAUAAGAAGCUUAGGUCGAAGAGACUUGCCCCUGUUAUGAUUAAGGAGGUUACAAGGAGGGUUCAUUUGGAGAAUAUUUGGCAAGCUGCUUAUACUGCUGGAGUGGUUCUUCCAACACCAAUAACGACUUGUCAGUAUUGGCAUAGGUCAUUGAACCCAAAGAAGCUUAUUGAUGUUGGCUUCUCUAGGCUUGGAGCCAGGAUGACAAUGAGCCGAACAAUAAAACUUUAUAAAUUACCAGAUUCCCCAGCUACUCCUGGAUUUAGAAAAAUGGAGCUUUGUGAUGUACCUGCUGUAACACGGUUGCUUAGAAACUACUUGGGCCAGUUUGUUGUUGCUCCUGAUUUUGAUGAGGAUGAUGUUGAACAUUGGCUCCUUCCGACUGAGGAUGUGGUUGAUAGCUUCUUGGUUGAGAGCCCAGAGACUCAUGAAAUCACGGACUUCUGCAGCUUCUACACUCUUCCAUCAUCCAUCCUUGGCAAUCAGAAUUACUCAACUUUGAAAGCUGCUUAUUCAUAUUAUAAUGUUGCCACUAAGACUCCAUUGCUUCAGCUGAUGAAUGAUGCACUUAUUGUUGCCAAGCAAAAGGAUUUUGACGUCUUUAAUGCAUUAGAUGUCAUGCAAAAUGAGUCUUUUCUGAAAGAGCUGAAAUUUGGACCAGGUGAUGGGCAACUUCACUAUUAUCUUUAUAAUUAUCGAAUACGGAGUGCCUUGACACCAUCAGAACUUGGGCUUGUACUCUUGUAGUUUCACAUCCGAAUGUGCAUGCCAUGGUUUCCUUUGCUGAUGAGGUAAGUCGGUUACAUUUUCUUCUUUUAGUUUUCCAGAGGAGCAGCCAAGAAGAGUUUUUACAGUGUAUUUGAGAAAAUUUAUGGUUUUUUUCUUUGACAGCUUGAAACUGUGGAGACAUUUAUAAUGUCCUUGCCAUUCAAAUUAUUAUCUGGAAACAAAUAAUGUUGAGAACUAAAAUGCCCUUUCAUUUUUGA